AGCUUCAUUUCAUUUCGUGUGUUUUUUGAGGUUGAUUUUGGGUGGAUGGUGAACCAAGCGAAUUUUAUCAAUUGAGGUUCUGCUGGAAUUUACUAUUGUUUCGUCAUGCAUCGCAUAAUUUUGCUCUUUUGUACUCUAAAAAUUAGUUAACCUUCACUGCGGCAUUUCCUUUGAUUGGUUGAAUGGGUUUAGCUCUCUUAACUCCACUCUAUAGCUCACAUGUUGAACCCUGAAAGUGGAAUGAAUGUUCUAGAAAAAUUUGAUUGCGGGUUGAAAGUUUUAUCCAAAUGGGCUGCGAGGGAGGAUGAAAACGAAUUUAUUCUACUUGUCUCUCUAUGCAUUUUCUCUUUCUUCUCUUCUCCUCGCAUAAUUUUGUUGACUGAGAAAGAGGAUCAAUUACUGACUAUUGGAAGAAGAGACUUGGGUUAUGGGCUAGUGAGGACGUUGGGCUCUAAGGGGUGAAUUGUGAGAUCCUACAUUGGUUGGUAACGGGAACGGCACAUUCCUUCUAAGGAGGUAGAAAUCUCUCCCUAUUAGAUGCGUUUUGAAACUUUGAGGGGAAGCUCAGACACCAAACAGCGUGCCAAGUAAGGACAACUUCAUUAUAUAACAUUAUAUAACAUUUCUUCCGCUCAAAGGGGUGGAUUAUGAGAUCCUACAUUGGUUGGUAAGGGGAAUGGCACAUUCCUUCAAGGAGGUGGAAAUCUCUCCCUAAUAGAUGCGUUUUACAACUUUGAGGUGGAAAUCUCUCCCUAAUAGAUGCGUUUUACAACUUUGAGGGGAAGCUCAGACACCAAACGGCGUACCAAUAAGGACAACUUCAUUAUAUAACAUUUCUAACCACUGCUCAAGGAUAGAACACCCUGGAAAUUUCAAGAGAAACUUUAUAUUCUCGUUUAUACAUGACUAAAUAAUGGAAGCUGCUGAUUCUGUGGCUCGGAGAAUACAAACAUAUUAGUGAUACUGUACGAUGAUGAUUUUGUCGGGAUUGAGUGGCAAACCCUCAAAAUGUUGUCCUCUGAGACCUAGUACUAGGAUUCAACGUGAGCUGAUUUCAUCUUUUCCCAAUGGGAACUUUAGAGAAAUUAUUGAUUUGCAGUAUCUCAAAAGAAAUUACUGGACGGGUCCUGCUCUUAGAUGCAAAACUCUCCAAAUUCGACACACUACUAAGUGUGCAUUUGAUGCUUCCUCCAGAGAUCUUGCAAAUGAUUCUGCUGCUGAAUUCCCUCGAAUUCAUGUAAGGGAUCCAUACAAACGGCUCGGCAUAAGUAAGGAAGCAUCAGAAGAUGAAAUUCAAUCUGCCAGAAACUUCCUUAUUAAUAGGUACGCAGGGCACAAAGACAGUGUUGAUGCCAUUGAAGCAGCUCAUGAUAAAAUUAUUAUGCAAAAAUUUUACGACAGAAAGAACCCGAAAAUUGACCUCAAGAAAAAGGUGAGGGAAGUCAAUCAGUCACGGGUUGUGCAGGCUAUAAGGAGCAGGUUUCAAACACCAUCUACAAAAUUCAUAAUCACGGCAUUAAUUGCAUUUUUAGUUCUUGGCGUUCUUACCAUUCUCUUCCCAACUGAGGAAGGCCCAACCCUCCAGGUUGCUGUAUCACUCAUAGCGACGUUCUAUUUCAUACACGAUCGACUGAAGAGCAAACUCCGAGCAUUCCUUUAUGGGGCUGGAGCUUUCAUAUUCUCAUGGCUGUUGGGAACCUUUUUGGUGGUAUCUGUGAUCCCCCCUGUUAUAAAAGGAUUGAGAGGCUUUGAAGUAACCACUUCACUAAUAACCUAUAUCUUACUCUGGGUUUCAUCUACGUAUUUAAAGUAGCAGAGCAAAGAUUUUUUCUAUUGUGAGGUUCGAAUUUUUCUGGGGCCAAAAGCGCGAAGUGUAUUAAGCUUCUUUCUUUUUUUUUUAGCCUGAGCCAUAAGGUGUGGACUUUAGCGAGGUGAGGCACCAUGUCGUAUGAAAAAUAGUUUUCAUUUAGUCUAUGGAACUUUUUAAGUUCAAUCUCAAAUCAUAGUUUCGUCUA